UGUAUUUUUUGAACAUUUUUCCUCUGUUGUCAUUUGUUUACUACUAGUUGAUGUGUACAGUCCAUUGAUAGUAUCAUUUGUUUUACAAUUUUACAGGAAUCAGCAGCAUUUAAGAGCAUACCAGUAGUAACCAUGUCCUCUGAGAACGUUCCUGCAAGGAUCAGCAGAUGUUUGGAAGAAGGAGCUGAAGAGUUUUUCUUGAAACCAGUAAGAUUGGCUGAUCUCAACAACCUGAAAUCUCAUAUGAUGAAAACAAAGUUGAAAAACCAGAAGUUGGAAGAGAUUGAAAAACCUUCAAAUGGAACCGCAGCAGUUGAACCAGAGAUUAAAAAUUCAACAGAAAUGGAAAUCAAAAUCUUGCCUCUACCAUCAGAACUAGAACCGAAACAAGUGCAUCUGCAACAAGUACAAGUACAACAAGAGGAGCUAGCAUUGAGUAACAACAAGAGGAAGACAAUGGAAGAAGGGCUCUCAACAGAUAGACCACGUCCUAGGUUAGAGGGCAUGGCAACCGCUGUCUGAUUUUAUCCCCCCUGAUUGGUUAAGAUUAGUGCUUUAACUUAAAAAAUAAAACUAAACCAUGAUUGAUUAAGAUUAGUGCUUUAGGAAAGAUUAAAGCUAAAAUACUAAGUUAAAGCUCAACCAAUCAUUACCAAUAUAAACUAGUUUUAUGGUCACGUGAUUGAUUGGACCCUACAAAAAAUAUUACUAAUUCUGUUUGAUAAUAAGCU